GCGCGGGCCAGUCGCAUCCGGACCCACUUACCGGUCGCACGCAAUUCGCCGUUUGCCGUUUUUCGUUGUUGCUGCAUACGUGUGCGUUGCAAUACAACAACACUGCCGUCGUCCGACUAGUUCUCGUCAAUCGACAAUAUUUAGUACAAUUGCGCGUCGUGUCCGGCCUGCGGCUAAUGGCGCAUUCGUCCCGCGAAAACGGCAGUAGUCCCGGCAACUGCACUCCGGCGACCAAGUCCGACAGCAAAUAUUCGUCCAGGACAACACGUACCCGCAAAGAGAAGAAAACUUAUUCAGAAGACUGGGCUUAUGGCGACGAAGAAGAAAUCGAAGGGGUACGGUCAUUCAGCCUCCACGACAAACUUGAUUCUGAUCGAUACACCCAAUACAAUUUUGUCAAACAAAUGGACGGAAAAGAGUUUACAGUCGCUUAUUUACAAAAACAUGGUUUUGUUAUUCCGCUGUUGUUCAAAGACAAAACUGGACUUGGCCUACACGUUCCCAGUCAAAAUUUCUCCGUCAACGACGUCCGCACUUGUGUUGGUUCAAGAAGACUAUUAGAUGUUAUGGAUGUAAACACACAGAAAAAUUUUGAAAUGACGAUGAAAGAAUGGACGAAAUAUUAUGAAGAACCUGUCAAGGAUAAACUGUUGAAUGUUAUCUCACUCGAGUUCAGUCAUACAAAACUAGAAAAUUAUAUUAAACGUCCGAAUAUUGUGCGUGAAUUAGACUGGGUGGAUUGUGUGUGGCCAAAACACUUAAAAGAAAGCCAGAUAGAAUCAACAAAUGUAUUAGACGAAAUGAUGUAUCCAAAAGUACAAAAAUAUUGUUUGAUGUCAGUCAAAGGUUGUUACACUGAUUUCCAUAUUGAUUUCGGUGGUACAUCAGUGUGGUAUCAUAUUUUACGUGGAAGCAAGGUGUUUUGGUUAAUACCGCCAACAGAACAAAAUAUGAAAUUAUAUGAGCAGUGGAUAUUGUCCGGAAAGCAAGGAGAUAUAUUUUUCGGUGAUACCGUCGAACAGUGUGGCCGUGUAUCGUUAAACGCUGGCGAUACAUUCUUCAUACCUACCGGCUGGAUACACGCCGUUUAUACACCCAAAGAUUCAUUGGUGUUUGGUGGUAACUUUUUGCAUUCUUUUGGCAUAGAAAAACAACUUAGAGUGGCUGAAGUUGAAGAGUCCACUAAGGUUCCUCAAAAAUUUAGAUACCCGUUCUUUACCGAAAUGUUGUGGUACGUUUUAGAACGGUAUGUUUAUUGUGAUCUCGGAAAGUCUCAUUUGACUGAGGGGGCUGAAACGUCACCUCCUCCAGUCGAACACGUACAUUUCACUAAACAAGAACUUCACGGAAUCAAAGCAAUAGUGAGAUAUUUACACGUUUUACCACCAAACAAAAAAAACGUACCACCUUUGAUCAAGGACGCUAUUGAGUUGAUUAGGAACGUGGCCAUUGUCAUAAAUAAACAUAAAAAUGAUAAGCCCGAAGAUGCUAUAACUGGUAAACCUAUUCUAAAAAUGCAAGGCGACAAGGAAAGAGAAAGAAGAUUUUUCAAAUCUGGUGAGAUGAAUUCUAAAGUUAAAACAUCACGCAAGUCUGGAGGCGGUAGUGCUUCGUCGGGACCAAGACGAAGGCGCACAAGGUGUAAAAAAUGUGAAGCUUGUAAACAAGCCGACUGUGGCGAAUGUUCAUUUUGUAAAGACAUGGUUAAGUUUGGCGGUCCAGGGCGAGCCAAACAGACUUGUGUCAUGCGUCAGUGUUUACAGCCUAUGUUGCCCAUCACUGCUGCGUGUUCAGUUUGUACAUUAGAUGGUUGGGGACAACAAAUUGUCCUUCCCAUUCAAAAAGCAGCUAAAGACACACCCAGUAACCUUAUGGAGUGUAGUGUUUGUUUUGAAAUUGUUCAUCCGGACUGUUUACUAAGACAAGCUGUGUUCUCAAAUAACGGAACAUACAAUGAAGAUCUCCCCAACAGUUGGGAAUGUCCAAAAUGUUGUAAAGAAGGAAAAAAUUUAGAGAGCAAACCUCGUCAUUUUCGAGCCAGACAAAAGUCAACCGAUAUUCGUAGGACCUCGGUUAGUAGUAACGAUACAAUAACACAAAAACGCUGUAAAGAGGACGAAGAAUUCUCCGACACUAAUUCGGAAAGUGAUGCGGAUUCUUCUAGUAAUAAGAGACUGAAAAUAGAAAAGAAAGAAAAUGUUACAACUGAACGGUCGCCGCCAUUGCCUCUUACGAGAUGGAUGGAAGAGCAUUCCAUGAAAACGUUAAGUCGUUCUGUCAAUAACGAAGAGGCGCACAUGUCAACGUACAAUAGUCCGUCGUCGGCCGCCGAUCCGUCGCGCAAAAUCGAUUUACGCAAGCAACUGGCCAGCCAAUUGACGGGUGGUUCGAACAAGCACUGCAAUAUGUUGAAGAAACAGUCGUACGUGUCUAAGCCGUCCAAGAGCAACGGCCACAAGGCUCAGGGCCAGACGGCCAACGGCGGCAGCGGUGGCGCCAACGGCCAGCAACACCAUUAUGCGGACGCGGCAUGCGUGCUGCCUGUGUUCAAGUACCUGAAACCCAGCGAUCUUGCGCGCUGUGCACUUGUGUGUCGCGCAUGGUCCUCCAUGUCCGUCGACGUGUCCUUGUGGAGGCGGCUAGACGUGACUGGCAAGCGGCUGACGGCGGCGUGUCUGGCUGGCAUUGUAAAACGACAGCCCGAAGUGUUGGUCAUGGACUGGACGGCUAUCGCCAAGCGGCAACUAGAAUGGAUGAUCACCAAGCUGACCAGACUAAAGGAGCUGUCGUUGCAGGGGUGCUCGUGGAGUGGCGUGACAGCGUUACGUAGCAGCGUAGUGCCACCUUCGUUGACCAUGCUCGACCUGAGCUUCGUGACUGGCAUGAACGACGCGUCACUCAGGGAUAUCCUGUCGCCGCCAUCCGACUCUCGGUCUUCGUCCAACGAGACCCGAACCAGGUUCAGAAACUUAAAGACGCUUAAGUUGGCUGGCGUCGACAUUAGCGACGUGUCCCUUAGGUAUGUCGUCCAAUAUGCGCCCAACUUGGUCGAGUUGGAUUUAUCUCAAUGUUUCCGGGUGACUGACGCCGGCAUGGCGCAAUUGACCACGCCAAUCGCCAACGCCGUAUCAACGCUCGAGACACUCGACCUGUCCGGGUGCACGGGAAUCACCGACGUGUCGCUGGAUCAUCUCGUCAAGUGCACGGCCCUCAAGCGGUUGGACAUGAAGCACACGCCCAAAGUAACUACCACCGCUAUCAACAAGUUCCUAUCAGUAAACGAUAAAUUCACCGUCACCGAAACUCGACUGUUGGUCAAGUCCAAGUAACGGUAAACAAUUAGACAUUUAAUAGAUAUUGCAAUAUUGUGAUGACAAUUCCACAAUACAGUAACAAGUCCAUGGCAAAUAAUACAUAUUUUAAUGUUGGAUUUGAUUUUAUUCUUUAAAUUUUAGUCUUUUCUUUAUAAUUUUACAUUAAUUUACACGAGUUACUUAUUUUGUUUUAUUUUAUUUAAUAAUUAAAUUACCUUUUAUAAUUUAAUAAUUAACUUAAACAUUUUUUUUUUUUUGAGUGAUUUAAAAGGUAGUUUGCAUUGGAUUUUCUAAAUUCUUAGGUGAUAAUGAUAUUUUAUAUCCUUUUUUUCCCCUUAAUAUUAUGUAAAUUUUAUUAUACGGUUUUAAUUUCACUCUUUUAAUUAUCGAAAUAACAAAGUUUUAUUUGACUAUUAUUGUAUUUUUUAAAUUAUAUAAAAUUAAAAAAAAAAGACUGAAGAUUUGUUUGUAUUACCGUUAGUUUUUUAAGUAUUAUACAAUCAAACAUGUUAUAGUGUAAAUUGUAGGUUGGGUGUUUGCAAGUCAAUUUAUUAUGUAUAACAAAUAUUAUUGAACGCCUUUUAUUACUGUAAUAAAAAAUGGAUUUUAUUUAAAUUAUAUAUUUGUAUAAGCUUUGACUGUGUUUUUUAAAAAAAUUGUAUUGUAUUUUUAAUAAAGUACUUGCUUAUAUCAGA